GAGCCGCCGUGGCCGCAGAGCCUGUCCUCGCUGAAGGCGGUGGAUGACCUGCUGCGGUGCGGGAUAUGCUUCGAUUACUUCAGCAUCGCCAUGAUCAUUCCACAGUGUUCGCAUAACUAUUGUUCCCUUUGUAUACGCAAGUUUUUGUCCUACAAAACGCAGUGUCCAACAUGCUUUGUGGCAGCCUCGGAAUCUGACCUGAAAAAUAACCGGAUGUUAGAUGAACUAGUAAAGAGCUUUAAUUCUGCAAGACAACAGCUGUUCAAGCUGGUCUUGGAUACUCCACUGAUUUCAUCUCCAUUGGCCUGUAGCAGGCAUUCAGCUGGCAAAAGCCACGUUAGGAGUCCUGUUUCUUGGCCCGUUUUAAAAGAAGAGGUGCCAGCGAUUGACAGUUUCUUGAGCGAGGAAAAAGUUUGUACCUUGACAAAGGCAGAUGGCCUGGCAGGAACAGGUCAGAAGAUUUUCAAAACUGAGGAACACCAUAACCUUUACAGCAGUUUUGCAGAGGAUAAUGGUAAAGAUGAUGAAGUGGGACCACAGGAGAGUCCUGAGUGCACCAAAAGUCAUGAAAAGCCUUCUACAUCUGUGGCAAAAGUAGUCAAGAAAGUGGAAUGUCCUGUUUGUGAGGUUGCUAUUCCCGAGCACUACAUAAACAAACAUCUGGAUAGCUGCCUGACAAGAGAAGAGAAGAAGGACAGCCUCAGAAGUUCUGCUCACAAAAGGAAGCCUAUGUCUAAACUUGUUUACAACUUGCUCUCUGAUCGUGAUUUGAAGAAGAGACUAAAGGAACAUGGUCUGUGUACCCAUGGGACCCGACAACAGCUUAUUAAAAGACACCAAGAGUUUGUGCACAUGUAUAAUGCUCAGUGUGAUUCUCUAAAUCCCAAAUCAGUUGCGGAAGUUGUUAAAGAGCUGGAGAAGAAUGAGAAGAUUCGGGUUCAGCUUGAAUGUAAUAAACCAGCUGAAAAUAGCUUGACCUUCACAAAGGACCAGACAGAGGAAGAAAUAGAUGAGAUCCACACUGUUUAUCGAAACAAACACAGAAGUGAAUUUCGGGUUUUGGUGGAUCAAGUAAAUAGUCGGUGGAAGAAAAGUGGUAAGAGGAAAACAGGAAAUGCUCAAAACAAAGAAGUUGUCACUGUCAAAGAAUUGCCAGUGGCCACAGAACAUAAGGAAGAGCAUCACACAGCUGUCAUCCUUGGAAAAGCCCAGACAGUCAAAUCAGAAACUCGUGAUGGCAAAAGAAGUGAAUCUCAUUCCUUGGAGGAAGGCCAGAGAUCAGUCUCUCUGUCGUCUGGAUCAACAAGCAGCUCCUGCUCAGACAUUUUGAGAGAUCUGCAAGGGCUUGAAACAUGUUCAGCAUCCUCUGACAAUGACAGUUUUCUGGAUCUGAGAGUUAACAAAAGAAAGUUGCAUCUGCGUGGAAUGCCAGAAAUCAAUCAACUGCUUCCCAAGAGCAAGCGGAAGAAGAGCUAAUGCUGCAGCGGUGUGAAGCUUAAAACUGUGCAACAGGCUUAGCGCUGAGAAAUACUUAUUUUUUCCCAGUUUUCGGUGUAUGUGGGUACUUAAUGAAAAGCUGAAGUUUUGCAUAGCUGUCAUUCAGACUGCCUUAAAAUAACCAAAUUGGUGUGCGGAUGUAUUUUGUUUACAGCACGGUUAGCUGCCUAGCUCUGGGAUGGGACAUGAAGUGCCGGAGUCCUGUGGGAGCCCUGGGCGGGCUCCCGUGCGGCUGCAGGAUUUGGGUCUGUGUGGAACCGUGCUCUGAGAGCAGCCACAGGAUGACAUUUUGUUUGGGGUCGGGCACAUGCUGAUGAUCUGGUUCCUGGCUCAGCUUCAGGGGAGGUGUGGGGGGAGCUGAGAGAUGGGGUAGACUCAUGUUCUACAGAAAUUAGCUUUUUUUUAAAAAAAAAAAAAACAAACAUGUAAACUUAC